AUGGGUAAUGAAGAUACCUUAAAUGCUAUUUUUACGAUCGGUUAUCUGUUCUUUGUGUUUUGUUUUGUUGCCCCUCCGACCGAAUUUGUUUCAGCAGGAUUGACGAUACAAAAUGUGUUGUCAAAUUACCUCGGAAGUGAACAGCUGCAUUUCAUCGAGUAUCACAUGAAGAGGACUGCGGUGACAUUACUUGUUCAUUCAAUACUACCUCUAGGUUACUAUGUAGGACUAGGAUUAUUCUCACCACAGCUAGGGUUAUUCACUCCAUGGAAUCUAGGACUUUUUUGGAAAAUUUAUUUGACAGUCAGCACUUUAAUCAUUUUGACUUGCUCUCUACUAUUCUUCCUGUGGACUCGGAAUAAAUACAACAGCCAUCCAAUAGCAAAACAAUUGGCUCUGCUGGGAAAUGGCACUUCAUCAUGGAGAGCCGUGGCUUCAUCUAUUAAUGUAGAGUUCAGGAGAGUGGAUAAAUUCACCACAGGGGCCCCUGGGCGGAGAGUAAUUGUGACAGAUUCGUGGGUGAUUCUGACUUCCACCUAUUAUGUGUACAUAGCACACCAAAACGACAUUCAUCUGGCAUUAUCCAAUUCGGAGGAGCAUGAUAUUCACUACGAAAGCAUGACUUCCGUCCAAUUCCUGAAAUUCAAUGUAAUCAGCAUCAACCCUGCACUCAAACCAUUCAGUAUCAGAUUGAACGCAUUAGAAUACAAAGAUUUGAAGGACAAACUGACGACGCCCAUUGUUAACGCACGUAACAUUGUGAUAAAGCAGUCCCUGAGCGACCAAUUUCUGGACGCCUUCAGACACCAGGUCAAUCUGAAUCAGGUCUUCCACAUGCCAGACACAAUGGAGGCUGAUACAUGCAUUGGGUGUAUGCAGAAGGAAUCGGACAUUAAGCUAGUGAAGCUGUGUGAUAGCACGGGGGUGGAACAGUGCGUUCAGUGCUACUGCCGACCCAUGUGGUGUCUAGAAUGCAUGGGGAAGUGGUUCGCUAGCCGACAGGACCAACAGAGGCCGGAGGUCUGGAUGUCUGGCUCCUCUCCCUGUCCGACAUGUAGAGCAAAGUUCUGUGUUUUGGAUGUUUGUAAACUUGUAAAAUGACACGUUUAAUUAUUCGUUCUUAAAAUUGUUCUUUUAUAUAGAUUUAGGAUAUGAAUUAUUAUUUGUUUAUUUUUCAUGACAUAAAGAAUGACAUUAAGAUACCUGAUAAAUUUUAAUAGUUUGUGCUUGAUAUGCAAAAAUUAAAAAAAAAAUUAUUUUAAAGAUGACUUUUAAUGAGUUUUAACAUUGGACCUUGAUAAGGUAAGUUGUUAUAAAUCUUUUUCAUAGUAAAUAGUUGUCUAUUUGAACCACUGCAUGUGAAAAUACAUGUAUAUGGCUUGUUUAUUGAGGUAAUAAUGGCCUUAAUAAAGAAAAAUCAAUGUGAUUUACAAAAUAAAGGUGUAGCUAAUUAAAGUUUGUCAAAAUUCAAAAUCACCUAAAAUCUCAUAAUGUGAAUGACAGUGAUGUGAAUUACAGAGAAAAUGUUGUCAAUGCUGCUUACAUGAUUUUUUUUGUUAAAUAAAAAUUAUUGCCUAUACGUGUAUACAUGUAUUAUAAUAUACAUUACUGAAGAAUUUUUCUCCAAGUUUGAAUCGCUUCAUAUGUAUUUCAACUCUUUGAUGAUUCGUUGGAGUCUUGGUUUGAACUGAAACUAAAAUCUACAAUAUACAUGUAUCAAGAAUGAUUAUAUGAAAGUGUUGAUAAUACUGACUUAAUUGUUAUGGAAAUUUUAAAUUAAAUUAAGUCUGAAAAGAAUGAUUAUAUGAAAGUGUUGAUAAUACUGACUUAAUUGUUAGGAAAUUUUAAAUCAAAUUAAGUCUGAAAAGAAAUGUUUUGUUGUUGCUGACCCUUCAGUAUCUCCUCGGGCCAUCAAACUGUUGAUAAGGGGGUCACAUGAUUAUUAUUAAUCCAGAGAACAGAAAGGGGAUGAAAAAAGUAUUUGAAGUGGGUAAAUUUUAAUGUUUUUAUUUUAUAAUUAUGAAGACUAGUGUUUAAGUCUUCAUAAUUACAAAAUAAAAGAAAAAAAGGAACUAAUGUUUUAUACCAUAAAAUGUCAGGUAUCAAUAUUGGCUAAAUCUAGCAUCAAAUUUAAAUACGAAGUAUAUUCAUUUUUCUUUCGUUUGCACAUUCUAACUAAAGGCGUUUAUCAUGAGUCUGACGCUUAAUUAAUUAUUAUUCAUUCAUAAAGAUUUUAGUGAAUUUUGGACGUUGUCAAGGAAGCUUGUUUAUUGUUUUAAGCGAUUAAAUUAAAUUUAAUUAAUUAAGAAUAUCCUAUGGAUUGUUUUUACAGAUCUUUACAAAAUUCUAUUAUUUAGAGUUGUGCGGCAUACAACGCUGAUUUUGGUAAAUAAGAAAACAAUGAAUAAACUUAAUAUUGAAAUUUUGUGUGCGUGUUUCUUUAUAAAUAAGAAAAAGGUUUUUCUCGCAAUUUUUAUUUCUCUUUGUUGUUUUUAACUUUUCUUUUCUGUCAUUGUGUUGCUGCUCCAUUUAAUGCAUUAACUGCUUUCCAUAUUACGUGUACAAAACCGGGUGUCCAUAGAACUAUUUUUAGAACCUUUAAACUCACUUGACUGGUUAGGCACUAAAUAUACCCCUGCGAAUGUUAUUGUCAUUUUAAUUUUAGACCACGUGGUUUUGUUUGACCCUUUCAGUUUCGCAGUAAAUAUUAUACGUCGUGUUUAUAGUCUAUUUCAUAGAAUCUAGGUAUUUGUAGUCAAAUAUAAAAUCUAGAGGUUUAGUGAUUUUAAACUUUAUCUUCAUUAAUUGGUGGGAAAAUGUGUUCUAGAAAUAAAUGUAACAAUACAAAAAAUAGUUUUUGUCUGUUGUUGCAACAAUUAACAUGCUUAGUAGAGAUCCCCCCUCAGGAUUAAUUUUUGAUCCGCGCCUGACCUAGUAAUAGCAUCAAUAGUGAAACAGACUAUACUAUUUUAAGCAGAAUGGUCCUUGAAAAUGGCUCUAUAUAUACAAAGUUUUUAUGCAAAACAGACACUCAUUAUUUAUUUAAAAACAUGGUAUUGCACACCACAAGCAUCAAACAUGACUAUGAUUUUAUUAAGCAACCCAAUGUUUAUAUUUUCAACCACUUUACACGUGGUUGAACACGAAUGAUAAGUCUGUUCUGAAUAUUAUCGUUUAGUAUAUAUAACCGCUAGAUGGUGAUAUAUGACAUACAUUGUACAUCUUAAAAGAUUUUCAUGUUUUAAUAAAGUCAAAGUAGGAUAUGAUUAUGAAAAACGACCAGUACUCAUGUAUUUUGAGAAUGUCAUUCGAGCAUACGUUGUUUACUCAGGGUUUGAGUUCUCGAAUCCGGAUUGUUAAAAAGUUCAAUUUCAUGAGUAAAACUUGUUUUAAAUACAAAAAGUAUUUAUAAAAUGAAUUAUUAUUGACAUAACAAUAGAUAUUUUUACUAAAUUAUGGAAUUAGGCUCUGAUAAAGUUUGACUUUUAGCAAAACAGAGGAAAUUUGGACUACAUUUUUCAGAUUUUGUUUUCCACUGAAAUAUUUUUGGAAGUACUAUGAUAUUUAAAGUUCAGAUUUCAUUUGUUAGUCAACAUAAUUUUGCAUAUUUUCUGUUGGUUUUAUCUUGCUUUUUCGUUUAGAUAAUCGUAUGGCACACACUACAAAAAUAUUGAAAAAUGCUUUAAAAUGAUAAAAGACACAAUAUCUCAAAAUGUUGAUCAUUGACCUCAUAUAAUUUUUAUGCCAGCAGAGAAAGGUCAAUAUACUUAGUUUAAUACUAUAAAUUUUUUAGCACUAUCAUCAUUCAGUUUUUUGUUAUCUUGAAUCAAAAAUGGGUAAUAAUUUGAAAACUGAUAGAGGGAAUUCGGACUAGAAUAUCGAAUGAAAACUUAAUGCUUUGUAUCUAUUUAAUGUCACUACCAUUCAUAAACUGUAUUUCAUUUGUUGAAGAGUUAAGCAAUUUGUAUUAUUUUCACAAUUAAGAAAAUCUUAAUCAUAGUGUAAAAUUUUUAUGGAUUUUUCUUAAAUGUUCAAAAAAUAUUCAAUGGCCAUUUACUCAAAAGGUAGGCCAUUGACCUACUUUUUGGAAUUUUUUUUCAUUCUGAGUAAACGUAAUCCUUAAAGUACAAACAUUAUUCAAGGCAGGUUUUUUUUUCUCAACUCUAUGGUAAGAGUGUUUUAUUUAAAGUUUGUUUAUUGUUAAUUUUCAGAUGCCAAGACAGCCAGGUUUCUUUUAGUGUUUUGUUGACUUAUUAUUCCAUAAAGUUAUCUUAAGGGAAUGUGCGGCCA